AAAUAUCUUUCUUUUUCUUUUCUUUUUCUUUUUUUUUUCGUUUUACAAGAACAAAAUAAAAAAAAAGAUGACUCACUAUAAAGAUGAUUAUGUAUAUCAACAAGGAUUUGGAAAUCACUUUUCUUCUGAAGCAUUAAAAGAUGCUCUCCCUAAAGGCCAAAAUACACCACAAAAAUGUCCUUAUAAUUUAUAUGCAGAACAAUUAUCAGGUACUGCCUUUACUGUGCCUCGAACUCAUAAUCAAAGAAGUUGGCUUUAUCGUAUUCGUCCUUCUGUAGUUCAUGCUCCGUUUGUUACAGAUAAAGCAGUAAAUCAAUUAUUAGUUUCCAAGUUUAGUAGUGAAGAUAUCUUAAUUACACCUACUCAAAUUCGUUGGAGUCCCUUUGAUUUACCUUCAUCCACUGAAAAGGUGAACUUUAUAGAAGGUUUAAAAUCAGUAGCAGGUGCUGGAGAUCCUGCUUGUCGUAGUGGAUUAGCUGUUCAUAUCUACUGUGCAAAUGCAGAUAUGACAAGGACUGCUUUUUAUAAUUCGGAUGGUGAUAUCUUGAUUGUACCACAACAAGGUGUACUUGAUAUAUUUACUGAAUUUGGUAAGAUGAAAGUGCGACCCAAUGAAAUUGCUGUUAUUCAAAGAGGGGUUCGUUAUACUGUUAAUUUACCUGAUGGGCCAUCAAGAGGUUAUGUAUUAGAAGUCUUUGGUGCUCAUUAUGAGUUACCAGAUUUGGGUCCAAUUGGUGCUAAUGGUCUUGCUAAUCCAAGAGAUUUCUUGACUCCUGUUGCAUGUUUUGAGGAAGAAGAUAACGUGACAUGGGAUAUUAUUACUAAAUUUAAUGGUCUUUUAUUUCGUGCAAAACAAAAUCAUACACCAUUUGAUGUUGUAGCAUGGCAUGGCAAUUAUGCUCCAUACAAGUAUAAUUUAAACGAUUUCUGUGCUAUUAAUAGUGUUUCAUUCGAUCAUUUGGAUCCUUCUAUCUUUACUGUGUUGACUGCUAAAUCAGAUACACCUGGUGUGGCUAUAGCUGAUUUUGUUAUCUUCCCGCCUCGCUGGGCUGUCCAAGAAAAGACAUUUAGACCCCCUUAUUUCCAUCGAAAUUGUAUGUCAGAAUUUAUGGGACUUAUUACAGGUGAUUAUGAUGGUAAAUCAGAUGGCUUCUUACCAGGUGGUGCUUCUUUACAUAGUAUCAUGACUCCUCAUGGUCCUGAUGCUAAUGUCUUUGAGAUGGCAACUCAGGCAGAACUUAAGCCAGUUUAUGUAGGUAAAAAUAAUCAAGCCUUCAUGUUUGAGACCUCCUUUAUGCUGUCUCUUACUCAUUGGGGUCUUAAGACAUGUGGUAAAGUUCAAGAAGAAUACUAUAAAGCAUGGGAAAAAUUGGAAAAUAAAUUUAAAAAAUAAUAAGAAUACUAUUUAUUUAUUUAUUUAUUUAUUUUGUUGUGUCUGGCAACCAAUCUUGAGCUACACUACCUUCUCUUCUUAAAUAAC